AUGUCUCCGAAGGUCCCUGUUCGUAUCAUAUAUAACUGUAAAUGCUAUCUGGUGGUGAACAAGCCAAUUGGAGUGUUUUCCCAGAUGCCUGAUCUCGCGAAAUGGGCGAGCAAUAAUGAUGGCAACCCACCACCAGUGCUGCUCGAUCUGGUAAGAACUGAAGCAAAUAAUAAAGGCCAAAGCGCCGAAGAAUGGCGCACUGUUCAUAGAUUAGACACAAAUGUGACAGGAGGUGUUCUCAUUGCCAAAACAAAGAGUGCCGCGGCGUCAUUCUCAAAGAACUUACGAAAAGGCGGAAACGCUGGGAACAAGCUCAUACGAAAGUACAUAGCGCUUGUUGACGGGGAAACAAACCACAUUCCAGAUCAGGGCCACCUAGAGUACGACGGAAUGAAAAGCUGGUUUCGGAAGAUUGAUUCAGGUGCCCUGGCCCUUCAGCUCUGUACCGGCCGAAAACAUCAGAUUAGACUACAACUAUCGAAAAUAGGGAUUCCCAUAAAAAAUGACUUGAAGUAUGGAGGUGCUCCAAUAAAUGGUGCCGGUCGCCAGAUCGGGUUGCAUUCGGCCAUGAUACAUACACAAGUAGGCCUGCAACGUCGUAAGCAUCUGAUAGCGAUCAAUUCUGGACAAGAAUCUCUUUGGUCCGAAUACAUUGACGACUGUGGUAACUUCAAACCUGCAGUAGAAAGAAUUCUUCUUGAAGACUGGGUAUUCGAUUAG